AUGGCGAACAAUCGGAGCCUCUCGGCCGCCGCCCUCCUCCUCAUCCUCCUACCCUCCCUCCUCUCUCCGCCCGUCUCCGCCGCCUCACCCAUCGUCUCCGAGCUCUCCGACCUCCAAUCCCGAUCCCCCUCCGGCCUCCACUCCAAGCCGGACCUCCAACUCCCCACCCUCAAAUCCGAAUUCGCCCUCGUCUCCUCCGCCUUCCUCUCAAACAACCCCGCCCAAAAAACCUUAAUCUUCUUCUUCGAGAUCGAUUUCGACGAGUCCCAGGCCUCCUUCGCCCUAUUCGACGUCAAUUCCCUCCCGCACGUCCGCCUGCUCUCCCCCUUCGCCGCCGAUCCGAAAUCCGACUCCCUCGCCAUGGACGCCUCCGAUUUCUCCAGGCUCGCCGAGUCCAUGGCCGAUUUCAUCUCCUCCAGGACCAACCUCCCUGUGGGCCCCAUCGGCCGCCCACCAAUCAUCUCAAAAACGCAGAUCCUCAUCGUAAUCGCAGCCAUCCUCAUAUGGACGCCCUUCUUCAUAAAAAAGUUAAUUUCCGGUAACACGAUUUUCCACGAGAAGAGCACAUGGAUGGCCGGGGCCAUCUUCGUCUACUUCUUCAGCGUGUCGGGCACGAUGUUCAACGUGAUCAGGAAAAUGCCGCUGUUUCUGGUUGACCGGAAUAAUCCUGAUAAACUGGUGUUCUUUUACAAGGGCUCCGGUAUGCAGUUGGGGGCCGAGGGAUUUGCGGUGGGGUUUCUUUACACUGUGGUUGGGCUUUUGCUUGCGUUUGUGGUUCACGGGCUGGUUUUGGUUAAAAAUCGGGCCGUACAGCGGUUGCUGACAAUUCUUGCCCUGUUUGUGUCGGUUUGGGCCGUGAGGGAGGUCGUUUUCUUGGAUCAUUGGAAAACCGGGUAUGGCGUGCGCUUCUACUGGCCUUCCAGAACGACGACUGAGGAUGGAGAUCGUACGCCGGAGAUUGAGAAACCGAGAUUGCAUGUGUGCAAA